GCCUUUCCGUGACUGGAUCAUAUGAUUAUCACUUCUACUUCCGGGAAAAACAACUUCUGAGGUUGUCAACUGUAACUGCAACUUUCAGCAUGGGAACACGCGCAGAAACAACAUUCAUCGUCGUGUCUAUUUUCUGGGCAUUUAUUGGAAUUGUGUGCCCAAUUCUCCUGCAAUUCUGCAUGGGGAAAUCACCAAAUAAAGGAAUUGUGCAGAUAAUGUUUAUCAUGACUGCAGUCUGCUGUUAUCUAUUUUGGUUGUGUGCGUUCCUGUUCCAAUUAAAUCCGCUAGUGGGGCCACAGUUGGAAAGUAACUUGAUACGUGUGAUGCAGUAUGAAUGGUUUGGAAUUGAUCCCACGGGUCAUCAUCAUGUGAAAACAACGUAAGUGGCAAGUCAUCGUGUAUAUAAACAAGUCCAGAACAAGUGUAACCAAGAGACCAAUGUGAAUUUUAACCUGCUGCAACAAGUCAAGUGGCAAUCAACAAGAUACUUGAACAACCUUACAACCUUUUGAAUAAAAAUUUAAGUUCUUUUUUUUAUUAGAGAAUAAGUCAUCACUAAAAAUACAGAUGCUUUUGUGCGCUGUAAGAUUCUAUAAAAAAAAAGGCUUACACACUAACUAUGGAUUGUGACAUGACACUCUUAAUUGUUCUAAAGCAAGUAAUCAAUGAAACAUGAAAAGCAUUUUUUUGUCAUUACACCAGACAGCUGUAAAGUGUACAUAAUUAAAUGUUUUUGUUGUAGAAAAAUUGCGCAUUCUUUAACUUCUUGCUUAUACAGGAUGAUCAUUGAGCUGUAAGAAUUGUAAAAAAGAACUUUAUUCAUCAGUUUUGACAGAUACAGGAUGGCAGCAGUGCUAUUCAGUUUAUUGAACCAUCUGGUCCCCGAGUUUGAAAAUUCUUGUCAGUUUUAAUAUUUACUGGCUUUAGUUGAUUAUUUAAUGGGGUCACAUAAUUAUUUUAAAUUUAUUUGAGCCUCAUUUGGGAAAACUUGGCUGACUUUGUACUUUUCAGAUUGUGAAACAUCCAAAUUAUUUUUUUUAAACAAGAUAUAGCAACAAAAUUUGGCAAAUAUACAAACUUAGCAUCUUAGUUACCAGAAAUAUUUAGAUUUAAAAUGGAAAACAGUGCAACAAAUUAACAAACUGGCAUGUUUUUGUUUAAUUCAACAAUAUAACGUAUUUUAAUAAUUCUAUACUUCCACACAUAAAAUUUAGUGUUUUAGGUUUUGAUUGAUUAGACUCCUUGUGUAUGUUUUAGAUUAAACAGGUCAUUAAUCAUAAUCACAGAAGGAAAUACUGCAUGUUUUUGCUUUUAAAGUUUAUAAAGUGAUCCUUGUACAAAACAUUCCUUUAUUAACAAUUUAUGCCAGAAAAAUAAUCCUAUCGUCACCUUUGACCUUAAGAUGUUUUUGUGUUUACAAUACCUGUUGAUUUUUGUUGUUAAGUUAUUAAAUAUCUAAUUAAACAUGUAUGUACAAAAAAAAUUGUUGUAAAUAAAUAAUGUAUCAAUGAUAA